AUCCAAGCGUCGUAUUUCGAAAGUGACGCAACCAGCACCAUGGCCACGUCCGGAGCCAGCAUGGGACGACCUUCGCCGAGCCAAGUUACCGUCGUCGCAGCCUCGACCGCGCCCAACGGCCAAGACAUGCUGACCAUCUUUAAGAGCCACCCCGAGACCAUGCGCGAGGCGACGCACGGCGAGUUUGACCCGACGAACCUCGAGUGUGCCAUCCACAACCUCGUUGUAAGCGAGUCGCUGGCGCACUUGACGCCGCUUGGCUGGUGGCUGCGCGCUGAUGCGCUGUACCUCGAGCGCUUGAAGAUCUCGCCGUCACUCCUCGCAGCAUUCUUUCACGUCGACUUUGGCCCGCGCCGCCUGUCCCUCAUGCACUUUAAGCUGUGCGAGCAGCCCGAGAUCGACGCGUGGCUCAACACGCUACGGGCUUCGCCACGCCAAGGGCUGCCCGUGCCGCCGACACCCUCUUCCAUCGCCGACAUUCGCAGCGCCCUUUCUGGGCUGACGAUGAUUGUGGACCAAUUCGGCUCGGAGUCGCUGCAGGGGCUCGUGCGCGUGGCUGAGUGUGCCGUCUCGUACCUCGCACGCAUGCAUUCCGACAUCGUGGCCACUAAUCUCCCGGCGCUGGUCCGUUUUCUAGACACAACUUUGCGCGGGUUCCGGGUUGCCGUCAUUGGCGACGUGGUUGCCACGCCGAGGACGACCCAGCACGAGGCGGUGCACAAGGAGUUGCUCGUUGGUUCGUUCGGGCUUCAGCGAUUCAUCUCCAAUCUGCUGCGUCAACACACGUUCUCGCUGGCCCAUGAGAUGGGACAGGGCCAAGCGACAGAGCUCGCGUCCGAGGCGACCAGCACCAAGCCGUUGAAAACCAGUCGGCCAAGAAAAGGCCACCGCGAUGGUGCGCAAGCGACGCCCAACGACCAAGCUCGCCAAGACCCCAAACGUCAAGACUCCGUCGUGGUCGUCGACAACGCACUGGGGCAAAAGCGACGCGGGCGACGUCGGCGCAGCACGGUAUCGCAGUCGUAA